CUCUGGUUCUGCCGCACCGGGCGUUCGCGCGCACCUUCACCUGCACAGACCUGAAAGUCCAGUUCCACCGGGGAGACCGAGCGCCGGGAAAGGGGAGCGAGUUCAUUGGAGCAAACAUGUCACAAGAGACGGACAAUAACAAGCGACUUGUGGCCUUAGUGCCAAAUGACACUUCAUUCAACACCAGACGAGCCUACACCAGCGAAGAUGAAGCGUGGAAGUCGUAUUUGGAGAAUCCCCUAACAGCAGCUACCAAGGCCAUGAUGAGCAUAAAUGGUGAUGAGGACAGUGCUGCUGCCCUUGGCCUAUUAUAUGACUAUUAUAAAGUUCCCAGAGAUAAAAGGCUGUUGUCUGUUAACAAAGUGAAUGAUAAUCAAGAAGACCAAGAUAAAAGAAAUUGUCUCAGUUCCACGGAAGCUCAGAGUAAUUUGAGUGGGGGAGAAAACCGUGUGCAAGUCCUGAAGACAGUGCCUGUUAACCUUUCCUUGAACCAAGACCCAUUGGAGUCAUCCAAGAGGGAGUACAACACAAAUGUGUCUGGCAGCUCCACGCCAAUUACGGGGACUGCAGUGACUGUGAUAAAAGCAGAAGAGUUCACCCCUGUUUUCAUGACCCCACAAGCACACUAUACGAGAGGAGAGAAUGAGGAGCACCGAGGGGUUAUCUUUGAACCGUAUGAAGUGUCCAACAUUGCUCCCCACACCAAUUAUCUCAAAGAUGAUCAGCGCAGUACUCCUGACAGUACCUACAGCGACACCUUCAAAGAUGGAGGAACAGAAAAGUAUCGCAGUGUGUCAGUGGGGGCUGAAGAAUACAUUUAUGAACAAACAAGCACUUUUCAGUAUACACUAGAAGCUACCAAAUCUCUGCGUCAAAAGCAAGGGGAGGGGCCUAUGACCUACUUAAACAAAGGACAGUUCUACGCCAUUACGCUGAGCGAGACGGGUGACAACAAAUGUUUCCGGCAUCCGAUCAGCAAAGUCAGGAGCGUGGUCAUGGUUGUUUUUAGUGAGGAUAAAAACAGAGACGAGCAGCUGAAGUACUGGAAAUACUGGCAUUCCCGGCAGCACACAGCAAAGCAGAGGGUCCUUGACAUCGCUGAUUACAAAGAGAGUUUUAAUACCAUUGGGAAUAUUGAAGAAAUUGCCUUCAAUGCCGUGUCCUUUACUUGGGAUGUCAAUGAGGAGGCAAAGAUUUUCAUCACAGUGAACUGCUUGAGCACAGACUUCUCUUCUCAAAAAGGUGUAAAGGGGCUUCCUUUGAUGAUUCAGAUAGAUACAUACAGCUACAACAACCGCAGCAAUAAACCCAUCCACCGAGCCUACUGCCAGAUCAAGGUUUUCUGCGAUAAGGGAGCAGAAAGGAAAAUCCGAGAUGAAGAAAGGAAGCAGAAUAGGAAGAAAGGCAAGGGCCAAGCAUCCCAAGCCUCCUGUAAUAACUCUGAAGGAAAGCUGAGUGCGCUCCCUCUGCAAAAAAAGAGUGAUAUAACUUUCUUCAAAACAAUGACUGACCUGGAUUCCCAGCCAGUUCUCUUCAUACCAGACGUUCACUUUGGAAACCUACAAAGAACUGGACAGGUUUACUAUAAUACAGAUGAUGAGAGAGAAGGUAGCAGUGUCCUGGUCAAGAGGAUGUUCCGACCUGUGGAGGAGGAUUUUGGUCCAUCCCCUUUGAAACAAAUGAAAGAAGAAGGCCUGAAAAGAGUGCUUUUAUAUGUGAGGAAGGAGACAGAUGAGGUGUUUGAUGCCUUGAUGCUGAAAUCACCCACAGUGAAGGGGCUAAUGGAAGCGAUCUCUGAGAAAUAUGGAUUGCCAGUGGAAAAGAUUGCAAAACUUUAUAAGAAGAGCAAAAAGGGUAUCCUGGUAAACAUGGAUGACAACAUUAUUGAGCACUACUCCAAUGAGGACACAUUCAUCCUGCACAUGGAAAGCGUGGUUGAAGGCUUCAAGAUCACACUGACUGAGAUCUAGCCUCAGACCAGAGCCCUUUCGUAAAGAACCCACAGCAUUUCAUUCUUCUUGGAAAGCAGAAGAUGCCUAUGGAAGUUGACAGACAUUGAUCAGAGAAACUGUUACAAGACUGCUUUGAAAAUACUGUCCGUUCUGCACAUGCACACCUACUGCAUACAGGCUUGGGUUCGUCAAGCACAAGGCCACUCAUGUUAACCUGGUCCCUUAUUUAUUGCUCCCCACUCUCCAUUGUACAAGCAGUUACCAGCCCCCAGAUUUGUAAUCAGAUGACCCACUGCAAAUGCGAAAUGCAGCAUUUUAGUCCAUGCUUUAGUGUGGAUAAGCUCAUUCUAAAAUAUAGUGAGGAACUUUGCUGGUCCAGUUUCAGAAAUCUUAUGUAAAUCUCUUUGCCAGUAGUUCUCUCCUCUCGCUAAAACCAGUGCUAAAGGUGGGGAAAGUGGCUGACAGAGUUCACUUGCUCAGACCAAUCCAUAUCUCUCUCUGGUGUAUAGUCUUGCCAAAUACCUCUGGUAGUUCUCAGCAUGUAGCAAUGAGGACUUGUAAGUAAGGCAUUCAGCUACAAAUGUCACUUGUAAGUAAAUGGUAAAGAAACCAUUUUAACCUUGUAUAUAAUGUUUAUAAUAUGCAAUAAUAUAUUUUAACUACUGUAUGUGGGCACGUUUAUUGCCACUAUGUUUUUGUAUGUACUGGGCUUAGGGUUUAACAGAAUAUUUCCUAGAAGAUUAGAUUUCUGCAAUCUGUUAAGGAGUGUGUACUGAGAAUCUGAGUCUGCAUUUGUGCACUCCAUCCCUGCCCACCCAGUUUUAUACUGAAAUAUUGGAGCAAACAGUGCUACAGCAUUUGGAGUGCACUGUCACUGUGGGACCCACCUUUGGUGCCCAGGUCUCAAACAUAGACACCUGAGUACUCCGUCCAGCUUUCACCAAAUCAUAGAAGCACCCCUGUGUCUGGUGUGCCUAGAGGCCUGUUCUCUUAGUGAAGCGAGGGCUCUCAAAAUGAGCCUGUCUCAAACCCCAACAAACUGCUCAUUAAAGCAUUCCUCUACACUGCAAGAAACUUCAGACAUCUUCUUAAGGGAGUUUGCUCUUGUCUCUCCAAGGAAUGAUUCUGUUUUGACUCCUAGUGCAGUUCAAUGAGGUAAAAAGUUGGGCUUGAUGUAAAUAUUUUACAGGCUGGAUCUGAACCAGGGGUGAACUAUGCAGUCACACCAUCAAGUUCCACAUCUGUCACAGGAAUUCUGAGAGAGAAAAGCUACAGCCUAAUCAUACCAGGAAAGGAGUCCAAGGCCUGGAUGUCCCCAGCAAAUGCAAACCUGGCACCUGUCUCUCUACUUUUCAGUUCCUCUUCCUGUCUUAGAUUGCUCUUCACACAGUGAACAAUCCUGUGGUUUUCAAUUGUAAGCAUUUCAUUUCCCAUGCACUGUGCAGGGAUCCCAUGAGACAGGCAGAAAUGUGAGGCCUUUCCUACGAACAACCUUUAGAGUUUUAUUGGUUCUUCCUUCUAAAGACUCUUUUUCACUUAGUCACAGUAUUUUUUCAUUAGCUGGUUAAUGACGUAAAGAAACACUGCUGAGUUUAAUGGGGCUCCUUCUCUCGUGGUUUGAGCUGUGGGAGCUAUUUACAUCCAAGCAAAGUAGUUGGAAAAGCUAACCAAUCUGAUUCUAUCAUAUUUCUGCAUCAAUUGUCUUGCAAGCUCUUGCAAUUUCUUAACUUCAUUAGUGAUAGCAUCCCAUUAAAAUUUGAUAUUCAACCACAAAUGUCAGGGACCUGUCAAAGCUCCUGCACUAUCAGAGCCUAUGGAAGCUCUCUGCUACUUGUGUCAGGGUUAUCACAUUCAGAAUCCAUACACAUCUGGAAGGCAAAGCGUCUGUUUUGUCUGUCUUCUCUCUCUUUCUACUCAUCUGUUGUGUGUUCUUUCUGCUCCUGAUGCAGACUUGUGUAGUAAUUCCAUUGUCUUUAUGGAUACAUACCCCAGUAAAAUGCUUUUGCUACAUUGCUUAAGGAUGGACAUCUUAGAUUGGAUACAGUGGAUACAGUGGAUUUAGGGUAAUUUCAUUUAUUUUUGCUUGGCUCAGACUCAGAUAAAAAGUCUUUGCUGACAUAGCCCAGAUACUUUUCCACUCCCAAAAAACAGGACAGUUUUGACAGGCAGCAUUAAGAACCGGGGCCAGUACACAAGACUUGUGAGCAAUGCUGUUGGUUCUUGUAUUUAUCUCUUAUUUAAUGGUGUUUGGGAUUCCAAGGAAUUUAACUGAGAUUUCUCAGUUGGUCACGAUGUCCCAGCAGAGGCUGUGUGCUAAGCUCAGCAGUAAUCACAUACAUGCAAGAUUUGAGCCCAGGUUCUGCCUCUAUCAGUGACUGUGGUGUCUGGGGCUGAGUUGUGGUGUGCCGCAUUAGGGGAUGUCAGUGAGAAUUUGAGGUUCACAGAGAAGGAUGGGACUGUCCUGGCAGCACCAGCAGCCUUGUUAGUAUUUUAUCCUUGUAUUACAUAGAGGUGGAAUUCCCUUUGGUAAUUAGAGCUAGGCUCUGCUACAUGCUGCAACGUCCAGCUCUGAGGAGCAGUAUCGUAGAAUCACAGAAUGGCUUGCAUUGUAAGAGUCCUUGGAGCACACCCAUCCUCAACCCCCUGCCAUGAGCAGGGCUACCACCUCCUAGCUCAGGCUGCCCAGGGCCCAUCCAAUCUGACCU